CCGAAAACUUGUGAAUGUGCGUUGCUUAAUGGCUCAGAUUUUCCUUAUGUAUCUCGGGAUGGUGGCAGGUUAGUUGAAGCCAAAGAUGUAGUUUUUGAAUGUGGCCCCAAAUGUGGUUGUGGUCCUGGUUGUGUGAACCGAACUUCUCAAAGAGGACUUAGAUAUCGUUUGGAGGUUUUCCGUACUGCGAAGAAAGGAUGGGCCGUUAGAUCUUGGGAUUUUAUACCUUCUGGAGCCCCAGUUUGUGAGUACACAGGAAUACUUGCUAGGACGGAAGAUAUGGAAAGUGUAUUGGAAAACAAUUAUAUUUUUGACAUAGAUUGCUUGCAAACAUUCAAGGGGCUUGGUGGAAGAGAGAGGCGGUCAAAUAAUGUAGCAUUUCCUGCAAAUCUUUUGGACAAAUGCGAUGACCAAGGUUCUGAAAGUGUGCCGGAGUUUUGUAUUGAUGCAGGAUCUACUGGAAAUAUUGCUAGGUUUAUAAACCAUUGUUGCGAGCCUAAUCUAUUUGUUCAAUGUGUUUUGAGCACACACCAUGAUUCGAAAUUGGCUCGAGUAGUGUUGUUUGCUUCCGACUUUGCAGGAGCUGACAUAUGACUAUGGCUAUGCGCUUGAUAGUGUCUUUGACUCCAAUGGGAAGAUAAAGCAAAUGCCAUGCUACUGUGGAGCCCCAGGCUGCAGGAAGCGAUUGUUCUAAGUGUGUUAGUUGGUCCUUUUUUAUGAAUGUUGUAUGGGUGUUGUACGUGGUCUUUUUGCAAAACUAGAGGUCGUAUUUUUCCUAAAACUUUCGCUCAAAUCCAUACAUGAUUGAUUUGUUGUAUCUGUAA